AUGGAUAUUCCGGAAACCGAGUGUAUAGUCUCUGGCACUUUGAGUUUGGUCCUGUACUUAUCAUGCCUGACAGGAUUAGCCCCUCUGAGGUUUGAAAGCGUCCAGAAAGGGUGGAAGAUCAGGCCCUCAAAAGCUGUCCACGUGUAUGGGAUAUUAUUGAUUACGAUAUUCGUUGUCUUUGCCAUACUAUCUCUAUGUUCAGCUCUCGUGAUGGAACCCAGAUCUUUCCACAUGCGCAACACUUUAGACCGCGUCGUAGGGGUGUUUACUCUCUUACUUCUACUACCAGUAGGAGUGGUGGGAGCACUGACUGGUUAUAAGAGGAUGCGUAAUUUGACCACCUAUUUAGCACAAGUUGACAAG